AUGCAGCACCAAACGUCGAUCAACCCGACGCCCGGCCACCAGGCGCCGUCGCCGACCGCCCGCGCGGGCCUCGCGCGUAGCCAGACGACCCCUGCACCUAUCAAACAAGACAACACCGUGUACAUUAGCAACCUCGAGUACUACUGCACCACCGAGCUCAUCUCGCAAUUCCUCGAGGAGUGCGCGGGCGAUGAUUCCGUGAACCAGGUCCAGCUGAUCACCCGAGGCGGGAGUGCGCGCUCAGGAAGCGCCGGACUCGCGCUUGCGGAGAUGAAGGACCCGGACACCGCCCGUCGCGUCAUUCAGGAGCUCAACGGACAGUCGUUCAUGGGCCGCGAGGUCAAGCUGAGCACCGACAAGUUCAUGGGCUGA